AUGAAUCAUGUCAAGGAUGUAGCUGGAGCGGUUGAUCUUGGGUAUAUGAGCCAUGUGAGGAGGAAUGUGGCGCAUCGCAAGUCGCAGGAGGCGAACUUGGUGGCAAGAGAGGCUGCCUGCCACGAGUUCUGCGUGAUGGAAUACAGUAAUCAGUUGCUGAACCAUUUGAUUCUACUAGAGAGAGAUAACGCGGUACACGUGACCGCGAGGCCAAGCCUCUCGACGUUUCAAUCACAACCGCAGAUCAACCAUAAGAUGAGGUUCCUGAUCUUUGAUUUCCUCAUGUGCUGCCACACUAGAUUGGGACUCUCUAACUCCACGCUAUUCCUGUGUUACAACAUCUUGGACAGAUAUACUUCGAAAUAUAUCGUCAAAAGUUGCAACUAUCAACUUUUAGCAUUGACUGCUUUAUGGAUUAGUUCGAAGUUCUGGGACUCAAAAAAUAGAAUUGCUCCCCUGAAGUUGUUGGUGAAACUGUGCUGCAAGCAAUACUCGGCCCAACAGUUUAAGGAGAUGGAGCUACAUCUUUCAAAGUCCCUGAACUGGACUUUAUGUCAAUUCGCCACGCAUGAUUCGUUCAUCGAUUUGCUCUUGUUUCUCAAAAAUGAUACAAAGGUCCCCUCAACAGCUUUGCUGGAUAACAAGUUGAGCCCGGAUCGGGUCAAGUUUGGCGCCACGAUGUUGUGCGAAUUGGCUUGUUUUGACAUACAGCUGUCGUUCAAAUGCUCCGCUUCUCAGAUCGUUCUGGCAGCGAUCACGCUAACUACCUUAGCUUUGAAAUUCGAGGAAUUCAACCAGUGGGAAGAUUUCAACUCGAAGAGUAAUGAUGCAGGUUUAAUCAAGGUUUGCCAUUCGCUACUGGCAUUGGCUGUACGAGAAGAUUCGUUACCAUCGAGCUUCAAACUAAAAUACAUCAAUGAGAAUAAAACCGCCAGCGAUAAGAUUUUGAAAGCUCUGCAGAACUACUUCAUUCAGCUGCAAGUGGAACAAUUCUACCAAUCUCAGGAGUUUAAGAACCUUGCUCCAGGGUCAUAUGAAAAACGUAAUGAUUAUAAUGAAAAACGUAUCCAUGACGACACCGACGGGAGAAUCCACGCCACGGGACAAUCAACGAAUCAUUCAUUUGCAUCAAAUCCUUCCAUAGCAUCGUCCCAUUCGGCAGUGACUCCUCCGUCUAGGACUUCAUCUUCUGCAUCACCCUUUGCAUCGCCGUUCAUGGCUCAUGAUUUUAUUAGCUCUCCGGACUCCUUACCAACUCCCUUCUACGAUAAAACAUGUUUCACAAGAACACAAGCAUCAAAUACAGCACUGCUACCGCUAACCCCAACCACACCUACGCUUUUAAAGAACAAGAUGGCUGCUAUCAAGAGAAGAUCUAUGACCUUGCCGAUACGCAACCCAUCGCACCAGCUGGCACGUUCUAACACCGACGAUCCGCAAAGUUUUAUGAAAGGUCAUAGAAAGAGAGCUUCGUCCAGCAUGGAUAUAGAUUUUUUUGAAGAUGAAGUCGCCAUCAAGCGCUAA